AUGGGCAACAAACCGGGCAUAGGAGCUCAGAGGCACUCGACGGGCUCCGCGCGUCUUGUGCCCACGACUGCGCACCGGCAAAGCGCCAUGUACGGUCAUCUAUACUGUGAUGUUGCUCUUAAUGGACUAGCAGCUUUGACCCUGUCGUUUGACGCGUUUUCAUUGGCAGAUGCGGCCCGCAACGGACCUCGCACCAAGGACCGGUUGUGCAAAGCCAGCCUCCUCUGCCGAUACCUCUACGUCCGCCUCCGCGUCCGCAGGAAGUCGCAGUCCCCGUCUCCAUGCUCGUCAACAGCUUCGACGCCUACGGGUGACCAGAUAAUUUCGAAUUGGAAGCUCUUUAAUGAUCUUGAGAACCGAGAAGAGGCGGAAGCCUUAGAGCUGUCACUGUUUCUACAUGCGCUCGUAAACUACAUUCCUGGUCUUGAUGGAGUAAAACCGGAUGAGGCAUCGGACGAUCGUCCCAUCUUUCAGCCUGAAACAGGCAACAUUGACAUUGCCAACAUGUACGUACAGGGAAACGAGCUGGACAAGGUCAUUACGCUUCAGAAUGUGGAAAACUUGAUUGACUCGUGUCGUAACGGGCGAAAGAUCCCACGGAAUGUCGUGGUUCGCGUGGUCACCGAAGUGACGGCGCUGCUUCGGCAGAGUCCGACCAUGGUGGAGUUUACGAUUGCACCUGCGAAACAUGUUACCAUCAUUGGCGAUUUGCACGGACAGUUAGAUGACUUACUACUGAUUUUUCGUGAAAACGGUUUACCAUCCAAGUCCAACCCGUACGUGUUCAAUGGAGACUUUGUCGACCGUGGUGACCGCGGCGUGGAAAUUGCUGUCAUCAUUUAUCUGUUCAAACUGCUGUACCCGGGUCACGUUUUGUUGAAUCGUGGCAACCACGAGGAAAACUCGAUCACUCAACUGUUUGGAUUCAUGAAAGAAUGUGAUGUCAAGUACGACCGAUAUGUGUACGAUCUCUUCUGCGAGAGCUUUCGUUACCUGCCCCUUGCCACACUCAUUGACGAACGCGUCCUCGUCGUGCACGGCGGUGUUCCCCGUGACAAUAUGUUGGUCAAAGACUUUAACACGCUAGACAGGGCUGGCUACGAUCUCGCGCGGGUACCGUAA